UGUACUGUACACGUUGGGGCUCAGAGGAAAACGCAGUGCUCUCCUUUUGGCCACCAAGGGCAUAAACUUCGCUACUGUGGAAAGUGAAACUGAGGGGCAGGGCGGAGACUUCCAUUUCCUUCAUACGCCUGCGCCUUAAAAAAAAGACAACUCCGCUUUCCUGGAACCCGAGAGUCGCGCAUUCGGGAGCCCAGGAGAGGCGGAACCAUUGUGCUCAGUUGUGUUGUGCAGCGGAGAUAUUUACGUGCCGUACCGAAGGGAUUAAUUUUUGCGUUUGGAGAGCCAUGGCGGGGUCCGGGGCAGAGCUAAAACCUGCCGUACUGAAGCACCGGCGAACUACACUCGAACGGGUCGAAAAGUUUAUCUCCGAGAUAUACUUCACGGACUGCAACCUCCGGGGCAGGUUGUUUGGUGCUUCCUGCCCGUUGGCAUCUCUCUCUUGCUUUGAAACCUCACAGCGGAUUCCAUAUGAAGAAGCUGUCAGACAAGAAUUUAGGCUUGUGAAAGUUGGAGACUGUUUUGGAAGCACAUGGCAGACCUGCUGGUUCAAAGUAGAUCUCAGCAUCCCCAGGGAAUGGACAGGAAAGGAAGUCCACCUUCUUUGGGAAAGCGAAGGAGAGGGAAUGAUUUGGAGGGAUGGCCAGCCUGUGCAGGGUUUGACGCGGGAAGGUGAGAAGACCAGCUACAUUCUGACAGAUAAUCUAAAGGAGACGGACCCCCACAGCUUGACCCUGUAUGUGGAGCUUGCCUGCAACGGUCUGUUUGGAGCUGGGAAAGGCAGCAUGAUUGCACCACCUGAUCCUGACAAGAAGUUCUCCCUGCAGAAGGCAGAGCUGGUGGUCUUCAACAGGGAUGUCCAUGAACUUCUGGUAGACUUUGAGAUUCUUCUGGACAUGGCUAAGCUUCUUGGGGAGGAAAACCAGCGGAGCUUCCAGGCACUUUACACAGCCAAUCGGAUGGUUAACCUGUGCGAUGUUGCCAACCCAUCGACUUUUGCUGCAGUUCAUGAACUUGCCUGCUCCGUCUUCGGUCAAAAGAAUGGAGAGAGUCAGCAUGUCAUCCAUGCAAUGGGCCAUUGCCACAUUGAUUCCGCUUGGCUGUGGCCUUAUGAUGAGACGAUCCGUAAAUGUGCUCGCAGUUGGGUGACUGUCAUACGCCUGAUGGAGAAGAACCCGGAGUUCACCUUUGUUUGCUCACAGGCUCAGCAGUUUGAAUGGGUGAAGAACUGGUACCCUGGGUUGUACUCUACAAUUCAGAAGUUUGCGAAAGAAGGUCGUUUCAUUCCUGUUGGGGGCACCUGGGUGGAAAUGGACGGCAAUCUUCCAAGUGGAGAAUCCAUGGUUCGUCAGUUCCUGCAGGGACAGCGGUUCUUCCAGCAGGAGUUUGGGAAGCUUUGCUUGGAGUUCUGGUUGCCAGACACGUUUGGCUACUCUGCACAGCUGCCCCAAGUGAUGAACGGCUGCGGGAUCCACCGGUUUCUAACGCAAAAGCUUAGCUGGAACCUCGUGAACACUUUCCCGCACAACACCUUUGUCUGGGAAGGCAUUGACGGGUCCCAGGUUUUAGCCCACUUCCCACCCGCAGAUUCCUAUGGGCUGGCUGGUUGUGUGGAGGAGAUGUUAAAAACGGUGAAGAACAACAGGGACAGGGGCCGUGUCAACCACAGUGCCGCUCUCUUUGGCUUCGGAGAUGGGGGAGGCGGCCCAACGCAGAAGAUCCUGGACAGGCUGAGGAGAAUGAAGGACACAGAUGGCUUGCCAAGGGUUCAGAUGUCCACACCUGACCGGCUUUUCACUGCCCUGGAAAAGGAAAAGGCUCAGCUGUGUACCUGGGUUGGCGAACUGUUUCUUGAGCUCCAUAAUGGCACAUACACCACACAUGGACAGAUUAAGAAGGGGAAUCGGGAGUGUGAGCGCCUGCUCCACGAUGUCGAGGUUCUGAGUAGCUUUGCUUUGGCGCAGAAAAGCUCUUUCCAGUACCCUUCGGCUAAGCUUCAGCACCUGUGGAGGCUCCUCCUCCUGAAUCAGUUCCAUGAUGUCUUGCCAGGCAGCUGUAUCCAACUGGUAGCUGAGGAUGCCAUGAGAUACUAUUCAGAAAUUUGCAGUGCUGGAUCUCAACUUCUGAAAGAUGCUGUGCAGUCUCUGUUUGGAGGCAUUUUGUCAAGCAGUCAAGAGACUAACGGGAGCAUCCUUGUGGUCAACACGUUGCCGUGGAAACGAACUGAAGUCAUCCCCAAAGCUGGACCAGGAGGAUCCAAGACCUUAGCCUUGGUGACAGUUCCCAGCAUGGGCUACUGUGUUGUUCAAGAUUCCUUACCUCCUCCAUAUCCCGUGACAGUGACCAAAGAGGUGGAUGGCUCUGUCAUUAUGAAGAAUGGUCUUGUCCGAGUCUGUCUGGAUACUCUGGGGCGUGUGACAUCGCUUUGCUUAAUGCAGCCAGAGAGAGAGUCAGUUCCCGAAGGUUGCUGCGCUAACCAGUUUGUGAUAUUUGACGACGUUCCAUUGUAUUGGGAUGCCUGGGACGUUAUGGACUAUCACCUGGAGACCAGGAAGACCGUUGCACAUCUCCUUAAACCCUUGGAAAUCAUCCAGCCAGGGGGACUGCGGGGCAGUGUGACCUUCUCCCUUCAGAUCAGCGAGAAGAGCGUCCUUACCCAAGAGGUCAUUCUGGACGCAGCAUGCCCUCACGUCCGCUUCCAGACUCAGGUUCGAUAUGCUUGUAAUCUUCUCUGGAAGCUCUUUCCCCUCCUAAAUACACCCAUACCUGUGUAUGUUUUGUAAAUCUGUUUUUUCCCC